CAGAUCCUUCCACAGCCUUCCUUUCUUUCCCUCUUAUAAACCCCAAAUCCCAAAUCUCCGCCUCCCCUGUUCUAAAUUCCUCUGAUUUCCCCAAGGUCCCUCAAUUUUCCUUUUCUCUCACUCUCAAAUCAAAAUUAGGGUUUCAUGGCUUCCGACGCCGUCUCCCAAUUCGCUUCCUUCUUCGAUCGCCUCCGCCGCGACCGAGACCUCCCUCCGAUCAUCCCCUUCAUCAUGGGCUUGGCCGUCGCCGGAUCCACGACAGGCUCCGAUCAACAGCAAACCGACGAUCGUAGACCGGAGCACGUUAACCGACUCGUCGUCGUCAAUCGCGACGAGCAAAACGUGGUGGUGAUCGAGAGCGGCUCCGGCGGAAUCGACUCUCUGAUGCGCCAAUUGGCCAAGGACGGCCACCCGCCGGCGUCCAAGGCCUCCAUCGCGGCCAUGCCGACGGUGACGGUUGCGGAAAGCGGCCGCGAGUGUCCGAUCUGCCUCGACCAGUUUGAGGUCGGCGGAGAGGCCAAAGAGAUGCCUUGCAGUCAUUUGUUUCACGGGGAUUGUGUUGAGAAGUGGUUGAAGGUUCACGGGACUUGCCCGGUCUGCCGGUUCACGAUGCCGGCCGACGAGGAAGAAGAGCCGGAUAAGAAGAAUGAGCCUGGAAUUUCUGUCAGCAUAUUUAUAAGGGCGACGACAAGUGAAGAGUCAGAUCCAACUGGUGAUUCGACUCCAAGCGAAGCAGCAGCUGAUGAUGAUCAUAUGCAGAGUUAGAACAAAAAUUCAAAGACUUUUAGAUUUGAUUUUUUGGAAAUUUUAUGAAAUUGGUUGGGGGUUUAGAUUUGUACAUUGUCAAAGUUUGAGUUCUCUCUUUGGAGUAAUGAAUCAAUAUAAUAUAUAUUUUUCA